CUCGCUCCUCCCACACCGAUGCUUCUUCGUCGCAAGCUUCUCCCGCGGCGGCGCCCCACGCAGGCGGAGGCCCAGGCCCUCGCCCGCCGCCUCCUCCAUUCCUCCUCCCUCUCCGACCGCGACGACGACCCGCCGUUCACGCGGAUCCCUAAGCGCCCACCUGGAGCGCCCUCGACGCCGCUGCCGAAGCCCAAGACCGAGCUCGCCACGAUCAGGCCCGAUGAGCCGGCGCACUCCGACCUGCCCUUCGACUUCCGGUACUCGUACUCGGAGACGAACCCGGCGUGGAGGCCCAUCGGGUUCCGUGAGCCCACCCGGUUCUCGCCCUUCGGCCCCGGCCGCCUCGACCGGCGUUGGGACGGUGUCGCCGCCGCCUCCGAGCGCGUCGGCGAGGACGGCAGUGGCGGCGAGAGGAGAAGUAAGGAGGAGGUUCUUGGCGAGCCGCUGUCGGAGGAGGAGGUGUCGGAGCUGGUGGAAAGGUACCGGCACAGCGACUGCUCUCGGCAGAUCAAUUUGGGGAAAGGUGGUGUCACACACAAUAUGCUUGAUGACAUCCACAACCACUGGAAGCGCACAGAAGCUGUGAGGAUCAAAUGUCUGGGAGUGCCAACAAUUGACAUGGACAAUAUAUGCUUCCAUCUUGAGGAAAAAACAGGUGGUAAGAUCAUAUACCGUAACAUAAAUAUCCUUAUCCUGUAUCGUGGUCGUAAUUAUGAUCCAAAACAACGGCCAGUAAUACCAUUGAUGUUGUGGAAGCCAUUAGCUCCUAUUUAUCCUAGGCUUGUGAAAAAUGUUGCUGAAGGAUUGACUUUUGAGGAAACAAAAGAAUUGAGGAACAGAGGAUUCAAUUCUCCACCGCUUAUGAAACUGACUAGGAACGGUGUUUAUGUCAAUGUUGUUGAUAGAGUGAGAGAGGCCUUUAAUACUCUGGAAGUUGUGAGACUAGAUUGCUCUCAUGUUGGAACGAGUGACUGCAAGAAAAUUGGUGUUAAGCUAAGGGAUUUGGUUCCUUGUGUUCCCCUGUUAUUUAAAGAUGAACAGAUUAUUCUUUGGAGAGGGAAGAUCAAUCAGGACGAUUCUGUUUCACUUCAUUGUGAUUGCCAACCACAUUGAUGCAAGGGUCUGCCCUGUAUGCAGAGAAGUUUCUAGCCGAAGCAGGCUUGCUGCUUGGAUGCCUUCCAUCACUUCCAUUAGAGGUGAUCACUGAACGUUAUUUGCUACCAGUUGUUGGAUUAACAGGAGGCAUGUAAGGAAAGGAUUCGUCAUCUAUAAUCGGGUGCUGCUCUUUUGUUGGAAAGGAUGCGGUGCUGCACUAGAGUGAGAGUAUUCUGCUUGUGCUCAGAGCAAUAUGACGCUCAGGGUUAUGAUAUUCAGCAUCAUCAUCUCACCUGGAAAUGACCGUCGCUACGUUCAGCGGUAGUUCCAGCCAAGGAAUUUCAUCCAUCCUCAGGCCUAUGAUGUUUUGCUAUUUCCGUUGCUCUAUCUAUUUGGUUGAAAUCAUCACAAUAAAUUCAGAGAUGUGAGAAACUGCGGCUGUGCACAAUAUGUACAAUCAUUUCAGUGUAGAGAGAGAGAGAGAGAUUAUGUUCUGUUAUAAAGAGGAGCAGUAGCGUUUGUGCGGCUGCUUGCAUUGACAUAAUCCUGAAACUAAUGGUAAUGCUUCAGCAAAGACUGUUAGUCUGUUACUAAGA